GGCAGAACAGUCUGCUGGUCAUUUUGCUCAUCCCAUGGCUGCCGCCGAUCCCGUCGUCGCGGACACCGCCGCCUCCGCAUCCACCUUCGCCGCCAUAUCUUCGGACUCUGAAUCCGACGACCUCCACCUCCUCCUCCCGAAUCUCCUCCCUUCCGCCGCCGCCGCCUCCAAAUCGGACGCGCAGCUGCUCCACCACUUCCACCUCCCCGACCUUCCGUCCCCUGUCACCGUCCGCACCCUCCCCUCUCUCGGCCUCACCUUCCAGCUCUGGCCGUCGGCCACCACCCUCCUCCGCGUGCUGCCGGCCUCCCCGCACCUCCUCCCGCCCGCGCCCGCCCCGGGGAGCCCGCUUGGUAUCCUCGAGCUCGGCUCCGGCACCGGCGCCGCUGGCCUCUCCCUGGCCGCGGCGCUCCCGGCCCACGCCGUCCUCUCGGAUCUCCCCGCGGCGCUCCCCAACCUCCGCCACAACGCCGACCUCAACGCGCCCCUCCUGGACGCCCGCGGCGGCUCCGUCUCCGUCGUCCCGCUCCCGUGGGGCGACGCCGCGGCGAUGGAGGCCGUCGCGGCCGUUUCUCGGUUCGACCUCGUCGUGGCGUCGGACGUGGUCUACUACGAGGCGUUGGUUGACCCCUUGAUAGAGACGCUGCGGUUCUUCGUCAAGGGUGAGGUGGUGUUCGUGAUGGCGCACAUGAGGAGGUGGAAGCGCACGGACAAGAAAUUCUUCGCCAAGGCGAGGAAGGUGUUCGACGUCGAGGUGGUACACGAGGACCCGCCGCUCGAAGGGUGGCGCCAUGGGCCGGUGGUCUACCGCUUUACCGAGAAGAAGCAGCAUGGCAAGAAGUGAAGAAGCUGCCUAAAGGGAUCUGGAUGUCUCGGGUGCUAUCCUUUGUUUUAUUCGAGGAUUGUGGUUAAUUCUCAUGGAGUCAGAACGGAGUUUUGGAUUUCGGUUGAUUUAGGAGAAGCUAUCUGAUAUGAACUCUGAAAAGUAUAGAACUUUAUGGUUGGGAAGGGACCAUCCGAAUUUUAUAGUUCGAACAACGGAACAAGACUAAGUUAAUGGUCCUCAAGGAUACAACUCUAGCAUGUCUUUGUACUAGCAUUAGCAUUUGAAAUGGUGAUGGACAGUUUCCAGUAAAUAGAUCAAUUGCGUGAUGCCUCUGCAUGCAAGGAAGGAAUGCCUGGAGACCGUAUGUUACUUCUCAUUGGAAGUUCUUUAUUCUUUUGUACUAUUUUUAUGGAAUUGGACUGGAAGCCACACAAGUAUUAUGUUCUCUUGCUACUUUUUUUUUUCCAAAUUAAUUUAUACACUUCGUAGCAAGUUCCUUUCUUAUGGUAGCAAAACUGUAAAAAAUCAUUUACAUAUCUAAAUGAGGAACUAGACCUUUUUCUUGUGAACAAAGAAAGCUUUCUGCAUCAAUAUAUUGGAAGAGAGCAAAAUCAAUGCAUUAGAAUUAACCCUAAGGGAAUGCAUAUACACAGAA